CGAGGAAUAUAAUAUGCAUGAUGCUAAGAGAUAAGCGGGAAUUUUUGCCUUUUUCUGAAUCGUUUUAUUUCUGCAUCUCUCUCCAUCCUGCAACAUCUCUGCCUUGCUCUGCCUUUUUUUUUUUUACAGCAUCUGCAGCUGCAGUCAAAUUGCUCUCAUCUCUUUAAGUGCACUGGGCCUGAAUUCAAAUUGUGUAUGAGUGAGUAAGGACUUUGUUUGGGAACUCCUGCCAAAGAGAGAGAUCAGAAAAGUGAGCCAUCAGAGGACACACUGGGACUCAGUGUGGUCCAGGGAGAGCGAGAGAGCGGUGAGCCGUGAGGUAAAAUGAGUCUAAACAACGGUCAAAGUCUGACCGCCAGUGGACAGGACUUGACCAGGAAUAGCAGCAGCGGCCGAGCACCCUGGGAAGAUGCUAGGACAGUUUUGAAGCCGUCCACCCCAACGAGGAAACCUAAACCACCGAAGCCGGAGAACGCCGUCACCAUUGCCGUGUCGGCCCGAGUCCUCUUCACCAUGGAGAAGGAGCAGCAGAUCUACGAGCAGCAGGGCAUGGAGGAGUACAUCAAGUAUCAGGUGGAGCAUGAAACGGAGCCGUUCAGCCCCGGGCCGGCCUUCUCCUUCGUCAAGGCUCUGGAGGCUGUGAACGCUCAGCUGAGGGAGCUUUACCCCGAGAGCGAGGAGCUGUUUGAUGUGGUGCUCAUGACCAACAACCACGCAUACGUUGGAUUAAGACUCAUCAAUACCAUCAAUCAUCACCAGCUGUUCAUCGAGCGCUUCUGUAUGACUGGAGGAAACAGUCCCAUAGGCUACCUGAAGGCCUACCACACCAAUCUGUACCUGUCUGCUGAUCCAGUCAAGGUUCGAGAAGCUCUGGAGGAAGGUAUAGCAGCAGCCACGAUGUUCACCCCGGACAAGAUGACGGAGGUGUCGGAGACUCAGCUGCGUGUUGCCUUCGAUGGAGACGCCGUCCUCUUCUCAGAUGAGUCCGAACGUAUUUACAAGGCCCACGGACUGGACAAGUUCUUCGAGCACGAGAAGGCGCAUGAAAACAAGCCUCUGGACCAUGGGCCACUCAAGUGCUUCCUGGAGGCUUUAGGAAAGCUACAGAAGAAGUUUUACGGCAAAGGCCAGCGCAUGGACUGCCCCAUCCGGACCUACCUGGUGACGGCUCGCAGCGCGGCCAGCUCCGGCACCAGAGCCCUAAAAACUCUGCGCUCGUGGGGUCUGGAGAUCGACGAAGCUCUCUUCCUCGCAGGGGCACCCAAGGGCCCGAUGCUGGAGAAGAUCAGGCCGCACAUCUUCUUUGAUGACCAGAUGUUCCAUGUGGAGGGGGCAGCGGAAAUGGGGACAGUGGCGUGCCACGUGCCCUAUGGGAUAGCUCAGAGAGUUCCAAAAAAAGGAAUAAGCAACAAAGAGACUUGCUCUGCGCCCAAGUAGCUGCUGUGGAGAAACACAGGAGACAAGAGGAGCGUUUAGUGUCGGCAUCGUGGUGUUAUAUCUGCUGGAAAAUGAUUUAUAUAAUCAAAAUAUGAUUAAAAAUGUCCUGGGCUGAAAAUGUAAUAAAGCCCAGUUGAUGCAAUAUAAUAUAUAUAAUAUCAUUAGGUGAAUCAAAAACGUUAUUUCAUUAACACUUAAUGACAUUUCAAAUGGUUAUUUUAUCCAUUAACAGUUUACAAGUUGUACCUUAA